AUGUCAAAUAGCUCAGGCUUUUCAUUUGGUGGACAUUUGGAAAAUAAGAACUCCAUCACAUCCAUUGAAUAUGAACCUUCCAUAGCCAGCCGUCACUCCUCUAUAGAAGAUGAAGGACCCGUUGUGACACCCCAUAUGGGCCUUCUUAGUAGUUGUAAUAUGAUUGUUGGUCUUAUUAUCGGUAGUGGUAUUUUUGCUUCACCCGGUCCUGUUACACUAAAGGUUCACUCUGUCGGUGCCUCUCUUGUCAUUUGGGCUAUUGGUGGUAUCCUCAGUAUGAUCGGUGCCCUCUGUUAUGCUGAGUUAGGUACUAUGAUCACUAAAUCAGGUGGUGAAUAUCAAUACUUGAAAUAUGCAUACGGCCUUUGCGCCGGUUUGACAUUCAGUUGGGCCAAUCUUUUAUUAACCAAUCCUAUUGGUACUGCUUCUAUCGCCACCGUCUUUGCUCAGUAUAUUAUGGAAAUGGCUUACUUCGAUCCCGAGAACCCCGCCGCUGCUAAGGCCAACAUGCCUAGUUACGCCUUGAAGCUUGUAACUAUCGGUUGUAUCUGGGUAGUUGUUCUCUUUAACGCGUUCGGAAGAAAGGCCGGUGCCAUGAUUGCCAACGUCUUUACGGCCGCCAAAUUAUUAGCUCUUGUUAUGAUUAUCAUUAUUGGUUGGGUUUGGAUCGGUAAAGGCAAUGUUCAGAAUUUCCAACAUGCCUUUGAUAACAGUUCUUCCAAUGCGCUUGAUUACGGUACUGCCAUGUAUAUGGCUCUUUUCUCUUACAACGGUUGGAACAACUUAAAUUAUGGUAUUGCCGAAGUCAAGAACCCUAAGCGUAUUCUUCCUCUUGCUAUCACCAUCUCAUGUACCAUUGUUACUAUUGUAUAUAUUUUGGGUAACAUUGCUUACUUUGCUACUCUUCCCGUUGAUACUGUCUCUACUUCCACCACUGUUGCUAUGCAGUUGGGUAUGGUUGCCAUGGGAAAGGGAGGUGCCUAUUUCUUUGCCCUCAUGGUUAUCUUCUCUACAUUUGGUGCAGUGAACGGUAAUGUCUGGGCCGCCUCUCGUCUCAUUAUGGCUGCCGCCAAUGAAGAUAGUGUGUAUAUGCCUCCCUUUUUUGGUAAGUUGGAUGAAAAGCGUGAUACACCUAUUCGGGCUCUUGUCCUCGUUGGUGUAAUUGCUACGAUCUGGAGUAUUCCUGGUGAUUUCACAUAUCUUGCCAACAUGUACAGUUUCACGGGUUGGUUAUUCUAUGGUAUUGCUAUUUUCGGUUUGAUCUUGAUGCGAUUUAAGAAGAGCACAAAGAAUAUGCACCGUCCUUUCAAGAUCUGGCUUCCGUUAGCCAUGUUCUUUGUACUGAUCGAUAUCUAUCUUGUUAUUGCACCAUUGAUUGAUGCCGGCUCUGAAGGUGUGUACCAGUAUAUUAUUUGUAUUAUUGUGGGGCUUUUGGCUAUUCCUAUCUGGUUUGUGCGUGUCAAAAAGCCUUGGAUCGGUCGUAAACUCUGGGGCUGGAUUCCCGGAUAUCAAGAUGCCGGUAUUUUGAAGGCCCGUGAGAGAAAGCAAGCCAGAAAGGCCCGCGAUGCUGCGGCUGCUUUAGAACAAGAAACUGCUUUAGAACAACGUGCAAGUGUUGUCGUUGAUAGCGAAAAAAUCCAAUACUAG